AUGGACAGAGCAGCCCAUGCAGCGGCAGCAGCAGCAGCAGCCGCUGCGCAGGCCGGGCUUAGAGAUCAGCCUCAAACUCCUUCAGAUCAGAUUGCGUACCGUAGUGGACUCUGUGGGCAUGGAACAUUAGCUGCUGCACACUACCUAAUCUCUUCUGGCAGUGAUGCUAUAGAGUUUGUGGCAAAAUCUGGACGUCUAACAGCUAAGGAAAUUGUCGGACCAGAGGAUGCAAGCAAUUUAUAUUCUACUGCACACACAGCUAGGGAUGUCGUAGAACCCAGACCCCUUGAUGUUGUUGCUGCAGGAACUGUGCCCAUUAGCGUCGAUCUGGAGGCGCCGAUCGAUGAUGUGACCGGGUUGCCAUUGAUAAUGUGCCCAGACCGCAAGGAUGUGAGGGUGUUUGCUGCUAAUACCACAUACUCCAAUAACAUUGGAAAGAGAUUUUUCAAGUGUCCUAGGAAGAACCUGGUUGACUUUGCUGAAAUUUGGAUGCAUGGGACAUGUGAUAGGUUUUGGUUCGAGGAAGAAUAUUUGGUGUUCCUUCAGGAUAAUGGAUAUCUACCGUCAGCACCCUCCACCAUUGCAGCAGGUUCGACAACCAAGGUUCCUGAGCUCGUGGGAAAAAUUGACAGCUUAGAGCAAAAUCUGAACAAGGUGACGGAAAUGGUUAGCAAGAACAGAGAUGGCAUGGGAAGCUUGAUUUGUCUCGUGUGUGGAUGUGUGAAUGUAACAGUACUCCUGGUGUUUGCCAUCUUCUUGGUUGUAGCUUUUGUGUUGAAGUAGGCAAUGUUGAUGAAGUAUUGGCUUUUGUGUUGAAGUUAUAGUACUAUUGAAGAACAAGUUGUAUUGAACCUAUUGUGGUGGAUGUAUGUGUACUUCGUAGGAAAU